CACACUGAUCAUACAGCUGAUUGAUCAAAAUAAAAUUAAGUAACAACAAAGCCUUCUAAUAUUAACAGGAAGAUGCUGUCCAAACGGGCGUUAAUGAGUCUGAAACCAUUACGCCUUCGGUUUUCAUCCUCGCAGCAGCACAGAGCUGGUCAGAUGAAAGAUGAGCAGGCCAAUAGUCUUUUGUCCACCUACUCGGAAGCUGAGCGCCUGAAGAUCCUGGAGUCAAUCAACGGAAACGACGUGGAUCAGAUGUCGAGAUACGAAAUAACUAAGGCCAGGGCCACCAAGCUGUACAACUGGAAGUCCCGCCAUGGUCCUCUGCAGGAGCUAAGUGACAUUCUUUACGUGGAAGGGUUUGGCCUGAAAGUGGCCAACAAGUUUUUUAAAAGUCUGCUCGAACCGGCUGAAAGUGGGAGCAGAGAAGAUGUUGAAAAAAAGACAAGGGCAGUGCGAGUGGCACCGUUCAUUACACCAGCCAUGGACGAGGGGCAGCGGCAACGGAUUGUAUCCACGGUGGGUGUGCGCAUCGGGGUAACCAGUGUAAGCUGGGCACGCUUGGAGAUCGGGAGAAACGAUGCACCUUGCAUGCUGACAGACUGGCAUCACCAUGAGCUUAACGACAAGAAGUUGCACUUAUCAGAGCUUUGCCGGCGCUGCCUGUAUGUUUCCCACCAGAUACCACAGGCCGACUGCUACGUCCUAGAGAGUCCACAGGUGGCGCAAGCCAGUAGCAACCCGGGCAGCAUCGAUCAACAAAAUGUGAAUAUCCAAAAGGCCCAGGUGACGGCCAUCGUAAGCUACUCAUUGAUGGCAAGGGCGGAUUCCGAAGAAAAUAAAGCCAACAACCUAUAUUAUUUGCGCCGAUUCCUCUCAGCCCGUCUCUUUAAUCAUCUAGUCGGCACAGAGCGCGUGUCGUCCGAGGAUACAGUUUUGGCAAUGAUGCAGAACCGUCAUUUCAAUGCAGAGCAUCCGCCUCCCAGUACCUCAGCCUCUGUAAGCCUGCGUCACCACGUGCAGUUUCCCGCUGAACAACGUCUAAUAUUCUCGCAGCAGGAGCGCUACCAGCGAGAACUUUUGGGACAGGCCUUUCUCCUUGGCUUAGCCUUUACUCGUCUCGUGCUUGUACAGGAUCCACAGAGCAUUGCUUUAGUGUCCCGCAACGCAAAGAGUUCCCUUUCGAGCGAAGUUAAUAUCUAAGCUAAUUUAGUGAGUUAAAAAAAAUUAAUUUUCCGGUAAUUUCAACAACUUAUGUAAAUAAGACUAAACAUUUUGCAUUUUUGAACAUUUCUGUAUCACCCAGAAAAAUACUGUUUUUACUUUAAAAAUGGUUUGCUGAUCCUUAACUUUUUUUCAAAGCUUGAAGAACUCUUCUGCGUUACUUUAAAAAAGGUUUGCCAACUCCUUAAAAAUAUAUUUAUACCCGACACCGUAAAGUCAAUACAUAUAUUCUUGAUCAAUCUAGACAUGACUGUCCGUUCAUUAAACAUAAAGAAAACCGAAAGUUUCGUGGUAUUGGAAGCAAUAAGGUUAAAAGAAAUUGCUUGUUUGUUGACCUCUAGUAAAUAAAUAUGUACUAAAAAACUUU